AGGUGUAUUUUCUAAUGCGAACUUGUAACAACAAAUUAUAGUGAAAUUUUAGCCUUUUAUAGUUUUGCAUGUUAUGGGUUCCAAUCUUCGAUGGGGAUCAACAGAUGGUCUCGGCCAGGAGGGCUUCUUGGAUUGUUAAAAGUCAUUUGAUAUAUAUUGAUACACCAUCUUCUAAAGGUUCUAGCUUUUAGAGCAAGUGGUUAUUUGAUAUAGUAUUGUAGCAAAAGGUCAAGUGUUUUGUAUCUCAAGGGCACCAAAUACACCUCCAUAAUAUAUUCUAUCAUGGGAGGCUCAGAAAAUCAAGACCAGAGUAUCUCUUAGAAAUAAGAGAAUUAUGGUAAAUAUCAUCAUCAUAGCGUGAAUUUUCUUUUAUUUAUUUUUUUGAAUUUUGUGUGUGCUUGGGUGUGUCUUGCAGCCUCUUCUAAAAGAAUGGAAGCUGAGAAUUCAAGUCCCUGAAACCGUAAAAAGGGCAUCCACAAAUCUAAUGGAUGCAUUGGUCGAUUCGAUGUUUAAGUUCGUGGAACAACCAAUGUUGCUGCAGGGAAAUUUUGCACCAGUCAAUGAAAUUGGCGAAACAGUGGUAGUUCCAAGUAUUGAAGGAGAGAUUCCAAAGGACUUCCCUGAAGGUGUUUAUAUAAGAAAUGGUCCAAAUCCCAUUUUUGCAGAUAAAACAGCAGCGAUAUCGAUAUUCGGAAAAUCCACUUUGUUAUGGUUUGAGGGAGAUGGGAUGCUUCAUGCCACUUACUUUAGCAAAGACGAGAGAGAAAACUGGGUUGUUACAUACAAAAACAGAUAUGUGGAAGCUGAAACAUUCAUGGUAGAGAAGGAGAAGAAAAAAGCCUUAUUUCUUCCAGCAACAGAAGGCGACUCUUCUGCUGUUGUAGCUGCCUAUAUACUCAACCUGCUGAGAUUUGGCAAAGUAAACAAGGACUUGAACAACACCAACUUGUUCAAGCAUGCAGGGAAGGUUUAUUCCAUUACAGAGAACCAUAUGCCAUAUGAGGUUGAUGUCUCCAAUCUGGAAACAUUGAAUGAUUGGGAGUUGAAGGAUGCUUGGAAUCGCCCCUUUACAAGUCAUCCAAAGGUUUAUAUGAAGACUGGAGAGAUGGUCGCCAUGGGCAUAGAUGCUAAGAAGCCAUACUAUGUUUUAGGCAUAAUAUCAGCAGACGGGAAGAAACUGAUUCACAAGGUUGACCUGAAGUUUGAGAAAAGCACCCUUUCUCAUGAUUUGGGUGUCACAGAAAACUACAACAUUAUCAUUGAUUACCCUCUGAUAAUAGACGUCGGCAGACUUAUCAGAGGUGGCUCAUUAAUCAAAUACGAGAGAGAUCAGAGAGCACGAAUUGGAGUCAUGCCUCGAUACGGUGAUGUAGAGUCUGUUAUCUGGUUCAGCAUAAAAAACCAUUGCACUUUCCACAUCAUCAAUUCCUUUGAGGAAGGAGACGAGGUGGUUGUGAUAGGGUGUCGAGCAAUUGGUUCCAUCUUCCCAGGCCCAGAUCAUGGAACUAAUAAACAAGAAUGGUUUAGAAGAGCCUUCAGGCCAGUAUCAGCUGUAACCGAAGGAUUUGACCCUUCUGUCGAUGGAGUAGUAUUUCCCCGUCCCUAUGAGUGGAGAUUGAAUGUGAAAACUGGUGCAGUAAAAGAAGGUUAUCUCACAGGGACAAACUUUGCCAUGGAUUUCCCUACAAUCAAUGACACAUUCAUGGGUAUGAAGAACAAGUAUUGCUAUACCCAAGUUUUGGAUUCAGUACAAAGCUCUAAAACAGGGUUAUCUGCGUUUAACUUGUUUGCGAAGCUAUACUUUGAAGAACGAAAGAAGCCUGUGAUCAAGGAGGGAGAAGAUUGGAUAAAGGUAGAAUAUCAUGUCCUGGAGGAAAACCAGUUCUGUUCUGGUCUUCACUUCAUUCCAAAACCUGGAGGCAUUGAUGAAGACGAUGGUUCACAUAAUUGA